UCCGCCCCCCGGAAGUUGUGUCCGGCAUGUCCCCGCGCAGCGCUGUGGUGGGAGCUCUCUGUGUGCUCUGCGUGCUGGAGCUCCGCCGGGCGUCUGCGGAGCUCAGAGUGAAGCCGCCCCCAGCCCAGCAUAAGCCAGUCCGGCUCUUCACGGAUGAGGACCUGGCAGGGUACACCGGGGAGCAGGAGGGACAUCCCAUAUACCUGGCGGUAAAAGGAACCGUGUUCGACGUGUCUGCGGGAAAAGAGUUCUAUGGAAAAGGAGCUUCGUAUAAUGCGCUGGCAGGAAGGGAUGCCACGCGAGCUGUAGCAAAAAUGUCCCUGGACCCCGCAGACCUCACUCAUGAUACGACCGGCCUCACCGAAGAGCAGCUGAAUUCCUUGGAUGAUAUUUUUGAGAACGUUUAUAAGAAGAAAUACCCGAUUGUUGGAUACACAGCACGGCGCAUAUUGAACGAGGAUGGCAGCCCCAAUCCACAUUUUAAACCUGAAGACCAACCACACUUUAGUAUUAAAGAUGAAUUCUAACACAAGUGGGCCUCCCCUCCAGCACAGCGGCUUCUUCUGCCUUCCCAGAUGCUGAAGACCUCCGUCCAGCAUCAUCGCCCUCUUUGUGUUAUGAACUAUACCUUCUGUCUACUCUAUUAUGAGUUUAUAGAUACGGACCUUUGGUCUUUACACGCUAACUACUGAGGAUGUCGGUUUACACUUUUUUGUUUUUCUCAGUGUUUGAUUGGUAAAGUCUAACAUUUUGUAUUACAGUGAA